AUGGGCGCUACUCUCAGCAUUGCCCUGUCUGCCUGGGUGCUGGCAACGCACCUCCCCCGGGAGGAACUACAGGCUUUCUUCCUAAUACUCGAGUGUGAACGAGGGUUUACAGGGCAGCAGUGGACCUGGAGCAGCCCCAGCAUCCGGGCCCCCAGAGGGUGUGAAGGUUCCCACCAAGGGCUUUCCAGCCGCGAUGCGCCGCCAGCCUCCUGCAGGAAGACGCUGUGCCGCCGUGGCAGCAGGUGCACGCUCAGCAGGGAGACCGGCCAGCCCGAGUGCCGAUGCCUGGAGGCCUGCAGACCCCGCUACGUGCCCGUGUGCGGCUCCGACGGGAGGUUCUACGAGAACCACUGUGAGCUCCGCCGAGCCGCGUGCCUGCUGCAGAGGAGGAUCACCGCCGUGCACUCCAAGGACUGCUUCCUUAGAGGCGACCCGUGUACCAUGGCCGACUAUGCCCGCCUGAAGAACGUCCUCCUGGCCCUUCAGACCCGCCUGCAGCCACGCCGAGAAGGGAGCAGCCGAGGGGACCCUGCCUUCCAGAAGCGCCUCCUGGUGGAGUCUCUGUUUAAGGACUGGGACGCAGAUGGUGACGGCCACCUCAGCAGCUCUGAACUGGCUCAGCACGCGCCGAAAGAGCAGGAUCUGGAGGAGGACUUCCUGGGAUGCUCGCCAAGCGACCUCCUUCGAUUUGAUGACUACAACCGUGACGGCUGGCUGACCCUCCGGGAGCUGCUCACGGCCUUCCAGGUGGUCCAGCUCAGCCUCGCCCCCGAGGACAGGGUCAGUGUGGCCACAGUGACCGUGGGGCUGAGCACAGUGCUGACGUGUGCUGUCCGCGGGGACCUGCGGCCACCCAUCGUCUGGAAGCGCAAUGGGCUCGCCCUGAACUUCCUGGAUUUGGAGGACAUCAACGACUUCGGAGAGGACGACUCCCUCUACAUCACCAAGGUGACCACCGUCCACAUGGGCAACUACACCUGCCACGCCGCGGGCCACGAGGAGCUCUUCCAGACCCACGUCCUGCAGGUGAAUGUGCCCCCAGUCAUCCGUGUCUACCCGGAGACCCAGGCCCAGGAGCCAGGGGUGGCGGCCAGCCUGAGGUGCCAUGCGGAGGGCAUUCCCAUGCCCAGGAUCACAUGGCUGAAAAACGGCAUGGAUGUCUCCACCCAGAUGUCCAAACAGCUCUCCCUUUUAGCCAAUGGGAGUGAGCUCCACAUCGGCAGCGUUCGGUAUGAAGACACAGGGGCGUACACCUGCAUCGCCAAAAACGAAGUGGGUGUGGACGAAGACAUCUCCUCACUCUUCAUCGAAGACUCGGCAAGGAAGACCCUGGCAAACAUCCUCUGGCGCGAGGAAGGCCUCAGCGUGGGGAACGUGUUCUACGUCUUCUCUGAUGACGGCAUUGUCAUCCUGCACCCCGGGGACUGUGAGAUCCAGAGGCACCUCAAACCCACGGAGAAGAUAGUCACGAGCUACGAAGAAAUCUGUCCCCAAGGGGAAGGAGGUGCCACCCGGCCGUGCCAGUGGGCGUCGGCAGUGAACGUCAGGCACCGGUACAUCUAUGCAGCCCAGCCGGCACUGAGCAGAGUCCUCGUGGUCGACGUGCAAGCCCAGAAAGUCCUACAGUCCAUAGGUGUGGACCCUCUGCCGGCCAAGCUGUCCUAUGACAAGUCACAUGACCAAGUGUGGGUCCUGAGCUGGGGGGACGUGCACAAGUCCCAACCAAGCCUCCAGGUGAUCACGGAAGCCAGCACCGGCCAAGGCCAGCGCCUCAUCCGCACACCCUUCACAGGAGUGGAUGACUUCUUCAUUCCCCCAACAAACCUCAUCAUCAACCACAUCAGGUACGGCUUCGUCUUCAACAAGUCUGAGCCCGCCGUUCACAAAGUCGACCUGGAAACCCUGAUGCUGCUCAAGACCGUGGAGCUGCGGCCUCACGGCUGCCUGCCUCAGGCCAUGGCACACACCCACCUGGGCGGCUACUUCUUCAUCCAGUGCCAACAGGCCCAGGCCUCUGCUGCUGCUGCUGCUGCACAGCUGCUGAUCGACAGUGUCACAGACUCUGUGGUCGGCCCCAACAGCAAUGUGACCGGUGCCCCACACACAUCCCCAGACGGGCGCUUUGUUGUCAGCGCUGCCGCAGCCAGCCGCCAGCUGCAAGUGCAAGAGGUCACCCUGCUUGGGGAGAUCCGGACCCUGUACUCACUGACAGUGAGCCAGGGCGUCUCCGACGUGGCAUUCCAGCGUUCUUUCUCCCAUGGCAACCAGUACUACGUGUACGCCACGCUGGAGACUGGGCCAGACCUGCUAUUCGUGGAGCUGUCCUCGGGGAAGGUGGGGGUGCUGAAGAACUUCAAGAAGCCACCCUCGGGGCCAGCCUGGCCCUGGGGAGGGCCCCGCAGGAUUGUGAGGGACAGUGGGCUGUUCGGACAGUACCUCCUCACGCCAGCCCAGGGGUCACUGUUUCUCAUCAACGGGCGACAAAAUGCACUGCGGUGUGAGGUGUCGGGCAUACAGGGGGGGACCACAGCAGUGUGGGUGGGCGAGGUAUGAAGGAGGCCUGCGCAGAGCCUGGGCCACCGAGCCCCACCUCGUCCUGACCCCACAGCCCCCAGCAGGUGCCCUGUACAUUUUUACAGACAAAAGCAAAACCUGUAUUCGCUUUGUGGUUCAACACUGGUCUCCUUGCAAGUCUCCUAGUCUAAGGUGUGCGCUGCUAGCCAGGUUGGGGUUUUCUCGUUAGGAAGUAAGACGUCUGCCUUCAGCUAUGACGGGAGGCCAGGCUGCUGGGUAAAGGAGCCACCUCUGGGCCCAGCCACAUGAGUGUGACCUGGGGAGGCUGUGGAACCGGAAGCUCCUGCUUUCUAGGCAGACGCCUCCGCCGGCUGCCUUCACACAGUCAUCCUUCUUUCCGCGGGAUCCGGCCAGGCUGCACCUGACGGGGUGGCCUGGAACCCGGCCUGGAAACGCAGGCCCGUGGGGGCUGGGGCUCCCCUCCUGGCACGAGAGCCAUGCCUGCCCUUGCUCUGCACCUUUGUCCUCCUUCAAAGCUGCUUCCUGCUUUCCCUCCCACUGGACUCAUAAGCCUGAGAGAGAGCCAACAAGACUUACUGCAGCUUGCAGGGUGGGGAAAUCACUCACUUUAUUUUGGAAAUUUUGAUUAAAAAUAAUUUUUUAUAAUCUCAAAUGCUAGUACGCAGAAAGACGCUGUCCGAGGUCCAGCUCUGUUCGUCCCUGCCUUAGGCCAAGUCCCUGAGAGUCACCGCCCCACAUCCCACAGCCAGAAGAACACGGCCAUCGAGACUGACAGUCCUCUGCGGCACUGACACCCCACGUGCAGGUCAAGUCAACGCAUUGAGAAAGAUUCCGUUCAGGUCUGGGACCCUGAGAGACCGGGACAGAGCCUGUGUGCCUGCUCUUCACCACGGAAGGGGGACAUUUGACGGGCCAGGGCCAGGCCCCGGGCGCUCACCUGGCGAGGUACGGACAGCCUGCAGCAGAGAGAACUCCAGGCUCAGCGCUGAAACCCCAAGGACACAGGUCAGGUCCAGGCAGGCUCCUUCAUCCGGCCCUUUUAAAAACCAACUACCUUCCUGCCUGUGGCCCUGGCGCCCAGCUCUGGCGACCCCAGCCCCUCAUCCUCACAGCACGGUCAGCACGGUGAGGGCUUUCACAGGGGUGUAUUCUGACACACGGGCCCCUCCCCAGCAGCCCACACUCCAGAACUCUGAAUCAGAGGCACGCAGGCUGGUUAUUAUGUUUCCGAGUCAUCCCCAGCGUCUCAGGCUAUGGUGAGCAAUCAGCAGUACCAUCCCCCAGCCCUGGGAAGACAGCCUCCGUGGAAGAAUCUCAGCAAGGAAGAGACUCCCUUGGGUUCUCAGAACAUUCCUUUCCGUCUCACGUCAAUGGUCAAAACAUACUUACUGGUAGCCUUGCUGGCUUGAAGGAUCGCUUUUCAAGCCACCUGGAGUUGGAGCAGUGGUCCCAUCACAGACACCUUAGCUAGGUUCACCCCCUUCACCUGCCCCAAGGUGGCCAUGAUGCUCCUGUGCCGAGAAUGGCCCUUUUCAGGGACAGGAAGGCACGGGCCCCACCUCGCUCUGCAUCCAUGUGGCCACCUUUCAUCCCCGCCUGGCCGCCCAACCCGCCUGUGCCCGCCAACUCCUGAGCUCAGCCAGUCUGAAGGUGUGGCAUACACCUGUUCCCCACAACUCCCAGGAGUGUGCCUAGACAUGUGCGUUCACAUUUUAGAUUUUUUUAAAGGUACAAUACGUAGAUACAGAGUGAGGAGACUGACUUCGGAAGCCUUAUACUCAGUUCCACAGCAGCUGGGAUGGAUGGAUGGAUCUCAUCCUUUCUGUUUAUUCUUGCCUCAAACUCUGGACAUGUUUACUUCCAAACUCCCACUUUUAUCACUGAAAUUGCCCAACUUUCAUGAACUUCACCCUUUGGAAAAAUCUAAACUGUGGCAGUCCCUGGCAGAAAAGUCUCCGAGCCCACCUGCAGGAGAACCCACUGAGUGCCAGGCCCGAACGCUGGCCCCUCUGGGUCGCAGCAGGAUUCCUGAAAGGAGAUCAAACUGGUCCCAACUGGCCUUUCAAACUGGAAGUGACUUCUGCAGCAUCCGACCCCUUCUCCUUCCCCCUCCCGAGACAGUGCGUCUGAAUAGCGCGCCCGCCUCUCAUCGCCCUCACUGUGCAGCCGCAAGAGCAGCGUCAGCCUCGGACGCAGGGAACUGUAGAGAGCAGGCACAGGCCUGAGAACUGGAAUUCGCAAGCCCACACAGGCUGGCAGGUAAAUGUCUCUGAUCAGAACUGCUUGUGUAGGAGGCAGGGGAAAGGCUGGCUGGGGAAGAGGCUUGCAGAACUCAAUUUGAAAGCAAAGGGGUGAGAAGUCAUCACAACAGAUGGGGCCUGAGGCCAAGCCAGCCACCUAUGAACACAAACCGUAACCUAACUACUAACACUUCGCAUUCAAGAAGUAUUCAUUUAACCAAAAGAAUCACCAGAAAAGCUACUCAUCUAAUGAACUCACUAUUCUAAUGUUACUGAAUUUUGAAAAUUAAUUUCACAAAAAUUUAACACAUUUUUUUCAGAAUAACAAACACAAAUAAUCUACACCUGUGGUGAUAUUAAGGCUUGGGAAUGGGCCCUCAUUCUCCUCUGCCCCAGUGAGCCCGCGGAGAGGCUCUGGGUCCAAACGCCCACCCAGCUGCCCCCAGAGUGGCGGCAGGAAGAGGGAUCCAGCUAUGCGGACUUUCUGCACAAGCGGGCCUGGGCGUGGGCCACGUGCCACGUUGCAAAUGCCAGGCAGCCCAGCCACCCCACCCCAGCCACUGCCCCAUGUCUCUAUGCUAAGUCUCAAGUCAUUCGAGGGUCCUACUGCUCACCCAGGCCCCUGGAAGUAACCAGGAGAGCCCUAUAAAGACUUGGCUGGAGCCAACCGCCUAUCAAGCUUCAGGCACUUCGAUCUACGGAUGGCAUCACCAGACAUAGCAGCUCAGGCCCUGCCUUCCCCGCCCCCAACCCGCCCUCUCCUCCCCUCCCUGCUCCUCUGUGCAGAAAAGGGUUCCCACUCCAGGCAGGUGCCCUGGAGGAUGGCUCUCAGCCUCUCGUAAAGCAGAGUACCGCCUGCUGCCCUGGAGAACAGUCCCGGCUGAGACCGCCUGUGGGAAGUGGCCUAGUGGUCGGCCUCAUGGGGCCGCAACCUCCAGCUUUCUGUUGACCAAGAACUGUGAACUAAAGGCGAUUUCAGAACUGAGAUGUGAAACAGAUUCAUCCUGGAUAUAUUUUUCUACAAGGGGCUUAAAAAGUGAUUGAGGGAAUUCUCAGAAUGGGUUUUAUCUAAGUACCACAGACACCAAACCGUCUUCAUCACCAAACCCCAUAGCUCGCUCCCUCCGAUCCUCCUCCAGGAGAAGUGACUCCGCUCCCACCUCCCUCCUACACGUCCGCCAAUCUACCUCACAUUUCCUCCCUGCACCCAGCACCGCCGGAGCACCGCCCCGUGCCAGGAGGCCAGGCAGGUGAUAUCAAUGACGACAAUGCUGGCAUGAAGUCCGUAGCCAUCCUCCCCCACCCAGAAGCCAGAUCCCGCUCCAGGUGUGGU